AUGGACCAUUUUACCGUCAUAACCCCUCCUUAUCAACUUCAUUUCCAUCUCAUCGAGUUGUCUCAGCAUAGUGGGAUAGGGGAUGCACGGAAGCGAGCUCUGCAGUCCUACCUGGAUAGACUGCUUAAGGUCGUCGAGUUCAAUGCUAAAGCUGAGGAAGAAUUUAUUCAAGUGGCCCAGAGUUUUGAUGUAUCAAGAAGAAAAUGGCAACAAUCGGAGGUGGAACUUAGAGAGAAGCGUGAGGUCUUUGUAAAAUGUGAGAUUGAACGAUCUGCUCUCCAAGUAAAACUCAAGCAUGCUCGAAAUCAGGUGGAUGUAGAGAUGAAAAAACGUCACCGUGCUGAGGCAGAACUAGAGAAAGUGGAACGGCAAAUGCAUUUAAUUGGUGAUAUUUUAAUGAGUGAUGGUCACAGUGCUGUUCCUUUCAGUGAAUCAAUGUUGGCUUUUUUUGGUGGUGGCCGAAGUAACAAUGCUGCCAAUGGAGCUGGAAACAGGAUGUCCAUGGUAGAGGAGUCGUGUACCUCCUUCCUGUCUCACUCGGACAUCAGCUAUGACCAGACAGAAGAUGACAUGUAUCUGGACGAGUUUGUUGGGAGACCGACAAAACUAAAGGGCAGAGAAAAAAGACGUUCAUCUCUGUCUCCAUUGAUAGCUCCACUCUUAGCCGUGAAAAGGUCCCGUCCAAGUGAGGCUGCAGCUGUUGUAUCAGAGAAUGUCAAAGAUACAGUUAUGGCAAGAACUUCCAUGAUAAUCACAGAAGGAGGUCCCAUCCAUGCUGUGUCCACCAUAGAGGCCAAACAACGCCGAAGAUCACGCAAGAGUCGCACAUUCUCUCCUCUGUCUGAACAGACCUCUGUUUUACCUCAGAUAAAUGAGGCAGAGCAAGAACUGGAACCAGAGACUGUUCCUUCCCCACCUUCCAACAGCCCUGCAAAGCCACAUACAUUCAUUUCCAAAACUGUAAUUCGAUCAGAGCUCUGCACGGUAUGUGGCAAGAAGACUCGUUUUGGAAAAAUGUAUUUAAAGUGCAGGGACUGCCGAAUUCUACUACACCCAGAAUGCAGGGAUUACUGUUCAAAUGUGUGCUCCUCUAAACUCAUUCAGAACAUACGUCCCAAAAACGGGCAGGGAGUACUAGCUGACUUUGCUCCAACUACAUCUCCCAGGAUACCAAGCCUAGUGAUCCAGUGUGUUCAUGAAAUCGAGAAACGUGGGUUAAGUGAGAGAGGUAUCUACAGAGUUCCUGGUUGUGACCGUAUAGUGAAAGAUCUAAAGCAGAAGAUACUGCAGGGGAAAGCCACUGCACAACAGCUGGGAAGGGAAGAUGUCCACGCUGUAUGUGGGGUCCUAAAAGACUUCCUGCGAAACCUAAAGGAGCCCUUACUGACCUUUACUUUGCACUCACAGUUCCUUGAGGCUGCAGAUAUUAUCAAAGAAAGUGACAGUAAAGCCGAAAUUUGCCAAGCGGUACACGAGCUUCCUGCUGCGAACAGAGAAACCCUAGCUUUUCUCAUCUUGCACUUGCAUAGGGUAAUGCAGAGCACGGAAUGUAAAAUGGAUAAGAUGAGUUUGUCUCGUGUGUUUGGUCCCACAGUUGUUGGACAUUCUGUACCUGAACCUAACCCUUUGAUGAUCAUGCAAGACACACCCCGACAAGCAAAGGUGAUGUCCUUGUUCCUCUCUCUUUCCUGUGGAUUCUGGAGCCAGUUUCUAACUAAUGAUGAAAAUAAGAAUUGUAGUUCUGUAAACUUGGCCCAGGAACGUUUGUUCCGCCCACUAACCUCUCCAGAAAUAAACUCUUUUCUCUCGGUUCCCUUGAAUACGAAAGGCCCUUCACCUUAUUUGACUCAAUCUAACAGCAAGAGUGAGCUGCCUAGAAAAGCUGGAAGAUUUUUUACAUCUCCAAACUCAUGA